CAGGGGCAUAAACCUCGUUUUCCCCUCCGGGGUAUGCAUGGGUCCAGUCCACUCACACUUUCCUUUCGUGACCAGAUGAGUCUUGAAACAUUGUCGUUAGCCUAUCAUGCAUCGCUUGCUGCAAAUCGUCUCUCAAUCCUCCGGGCCUAACCCCUCCGUAUUGCUUCGAAACGAGACUCAGCAAUUGCAUUGAAGGAACCUGAGUGGCUAUGCAUGUUUACUAGAAGUUGACUCUUCCCUGGCUAUACGGAGAAAAGGUCCACUAUGAUCGCCUCUGAGUCGCAUGCAGCUGCAUCCGCUCGCGGGUGUUUCUCCCGCUCACGGAAUCCCCUUGCCUCGAUGUCUGCCCUUAGAACACUGGUGGCCAGUCCAUUGAGCGAGCUCAAGUCCAUAUAAGACGUCGUUUCCUCCCCCGUGUUACCAUUCUUCUUCACCAACGCCUUCAAAAGUCUCCAGUCAGUCCUUCAAAGUGAGAUUGUCUCAACGACAUUUCCAUUCCUUCUUCUUUUUUUUCCCAAAGGCUAGUCCUUUCUUCUGUCUCGACGACAUUCACGUAUUGCCUGGUGCAAUUCGAUCCUUCCUUCACUCAUACUCAAAUCGAGCUACGACUCUUCAGUCCUAUACCCAUAUCACUCGAAUCUUGUCUUGACGACAAUCUCACAAUCUGAACACCAAAGCUAUCGUCUGGAACGUUAGAUAUUAUCAACCCUUUCAAUAUGUUCGCAAAGGCUUUCACUAUCGCCACUCUGGCUUCCUUCGCCAGUGCUCAUAUGCUUAUGGCUAACCCCAAGCCGUAUGGCAACCCCAACAACAGCCCUCUAGAAGCAGAUGGCUCUGACUUCCCUUGCAAGGGCAAGGUCAACGAUGGAUCAGGUGGCAAUGUUUACAAGCAGGGCAGCACACAGGAGCUCUCUUUCAUCGGCCAAGCUGUUCAUGGUGGAGGUUCAUGCCAGGUCUCUAUCACCACCGACAAGAACCCUACCAAGGACUCUGUGUGGAAGGUGAUCAAAUCUAUCGAGGGAGGCUGCCCCUCCAGAACAGCAACCGGUAACCUGGGUGGUAACGCUGAUGCCCCCAACCCCGACAAGUAUGAUUUCACCAUCCCCAAGGAGUUGGCUGCUGGCGAGUACACACUUGCCUGGACAUGGUUCAACCACGUUGGUAACCGUGAGAUGUACAUGAACUGUGCUGCUAUUACUGUUGAGGGCUCAGGUGGGUCCAAGGACCUCUUGAACUCACUCCCCGACAUGUUUGUUGCCAAUAUCGGUAACAAAUGUGAGACCCUUCCCGACACCGAUCUUGCUUUCCCCAACCCUGGAAAAGAUGUGAGCAAGCUCAAGUCGAAACUUGAAGGACCAUCAGGCACUGGAUGCCAGAAGGCUGGCUCUGGCUCUGGCUCUGGCUCUGGCGGCGGCGGCUCCGACGGAGGCUCUGAUGGAGGCGACUCUCAGCCUUCUACUCCUGUGGCUGCUCCUACUACCAACAACGGCGCUCAGCCCACUCAACCCGCCCCUACACCCGCCCCUAGUGCUGGCAAUGGCUCAGGCGCCGGAUCUGGUUCUGGUGAUGGCUCAAAUGGUACUCCUGAGAUCCCUGGUGGUGCCUUCAUUACCGUUUCUCAGCCUUCCGCCUCCCAGCCUACCGCCACCCAAGCACCUGCCACCCCCGAAACUCCCACGGAUGGUUCUGGUUCUGGUUCUGGCUCGGGCUCCGGUGAUGGUAACCAGGACGGUGGCUCGGGCUCUGGCAGCGGUGGUUUUGCUGCUGGGACUGCUUGUACAAACGAAGGCGAAUGGAACUGCAUCGGUGGCUCGACUUUCCAGCGCUGUGCCAGUGGCGCCUGGACUGCUACCCAGCAGCUCUCUUCAGGCGUCAGCUGUACUCCUGGCCAAGGCGCUGAUAUCUCUAUGACCACGAAGCGAGGCAAGCGAAACAUGCGUCGAGCUCAACGUGCAUGAAAGGAAAAUUAUUUCACGAAGUAUGGGGACUUAGAUCUAGGGCACGGGAUUGGAAUAUGGAUGGACUCGGCGUCUUGAAGGGUGCAACAAUUUUCUUUUUAUAUUUCUGUAAAUUUUGAUCCGCUGCCACACGGCAUAACAUUGUUUUUAAGAAUACACCUCAACAUAUCUUACCUCAACAUAUCUUCCAGAGAACCUUUGUUAUCAUCGGUAUGAUGAACA